AUGUUCUUCAAGCAACCGCUCAAGUUUGACCUCGCCUACGCUGUUGACAUAGGAAUCGGUACUCCUCCGAAACGAUUCAGGAUGAAGGUCGACAUCUCGUCCCCAGACACCUACGUAGAUGAUGUCGCUCAGUCUGAAAAGACCACCUGUGCUGGCCACAGCUUCUACGACGGACAGGAUUCAUCUACAUUCCAUACCAACGGAACCCAUCUGGAGGUUGAAAUAGAACCACGGCUCAAUGUGUCAGGCAUUGCUGCCAAGGACGUUUUCCAUCUCGGCCCUUUUAGGAUUUCAGAUUAG